AGUAGACCCUCCCCUUGCCUUGAUUCCCUCGGCUACUUAAGAGCUUGGCACACCGCGGCACAAGCUCAACUACCUUGGCGUUACCCGAUCGGCCCUUUUCCAACAACUUUAAGGCAUCCGCAAGGUGCGCACGAGCAAGACUUGGUGUGGUGGCUUGGGGGCCGAAAGCCACCCUCCAACAUUGGUGCUUUCAUUGAGAGACUUCCGAGGGAGGUCUCUCCAAAGAGGUAACGCCCUUGAAACCAAGAAAUUUUCAAUUCGGGGUGGAAUUAAGGAGUACUACUUUCUUGCAUGCUUAGAAGUGAGCCUUAAGAUUCCUACUACUUCUUGCACUUAGACUUUCUUGUUGUGAGUGUGGGAGGGUAAACUAGAAGUUCUUUACUUGCAAGUAGUACUUAAAUUUUGGCACUUUAAAUUCCUUGCUUGCAAAAGGGAGUGAGAACAUUUUUGUUGUAAAGAGGACGGUUUGUUCUUCUAUUUUGCUCAUCAUAGGGAUAGUGCCAACGGGGAGGCUACUGGUAGUACCCGGCGCUAUUUGACCCAACUAUUCGGUGUUAGGGUAUAGAGGGACGGCACAAGAGGGAGGCUACUGGUAGUACCUCGUGCCCUCCUAACUACACCGGGUAGGGAGCAAGUAGAGCAACAACACGUUACUCUCGGGUUGUGAGGCUUAUUUGUUGUAAACCAUUGUUGUAAUUGGAGUUGAUUGAGUGGUGUACCUUUCAAAAAUAUAUAUAAGAAGGAGGGUCGGUUCAUCCUUUGGGUGACGGCCAAAGGAGGUUUGGAGGUGCAUUUGUAGAAGCAAAACAAUGGAGUCGGGAGCUAAUUCAAAUUCUCACCAUGCUCGGCUAGAGGCAUUGGAGGGGAGUUCGGCCCACCUAAACCGAACCCUUGAAAGCCAAAAUCGAACCCUAGAAAAUCUAUCCAAUACCCUAGCCGGGAUGAAUGCUCACUUAGAGAGGUUAGAGAGGAGGAUUGGAGAAAAAGAAAGAGAAAGAGAGCAUAAAAGAUCAAAUGAUGAGGAGCCAUGGUCGCACGCCUCACGGCGGGGUCAUGGAAGGGAUGAGAGGAGAAGUGAUGCGGAAAGCCUACGAGCUAACCGAAUGGAGGAGCUAGAUCACCGGAGGCCUCGGAGGAGAGGAGGAAGAAUUGAAGCCCGGGGGAUAGAGAUUGAGAGGUGGAUAGAAGAAGAGGGACCUAGCCAUAGUGAAGAGGGGAGUGAACCCGAGGGAGAUCCAUUCCAUGACCAAAGGCCUAUAGGCCGGAGGAACUUCAUGGAAGGAAGAAGGAGGAAUGAAGACUAUGAUGAAGAUUAUGCUAGGGGCCCAAGACACCAAGAUAGAGGGCUAAGAAAACCGAAGAUUGACUUUCCCAAGUUCGGCGGUGGUGAUCCUUAUGAAUGGAUGGACAAAGCCGAGCAAUAUUUUGAUGUCUAUGAAGUACCAAGGAGGGAUCGGGUCACAUUAGCUAGUUUCCAUCUUGAGGGAAGAGCUAGCCGGUGGUGGAGGUGGAUCCGUGACCUAUAUGAGAAAGAUGGCAAGAGGCUUGGGUGGACGGCCUUCGUGAAGGAGUUCAUGUCACAAUGGGGGCCUUCUCCCAUUGUGAAUCAUCAUGGCCAACUCGCCAAGCUAAAGCAAGAAGGAAGAGUGCAAGCAUAUAUUGAUGAGUUCCGGCUUCUACAAACCAUGGUGAGUGGAUGGUCGGAAGAAGCAUUGUUGGGCACUUUUCUUGACGGCUUGAAGCCUUGGCUUGCCAAGGAGUUAAAGUUGAAGCAACCGGCAAGAUUACAAGAAGCUAUGAGGAUGGCCGAGAUCUUGGACCAAAGCUAUGGCAUGGAGAAGAAAAUGUCCAAGGAAAGCUUCAACAACAAGGCCUCUACAUCACUACCACCGAAGGGGCCUUGGAAGGGGAAAGAAGAAGUGAAGAAGUACAAGGAGCGGCCUCAACAUGUCAAGAAGCUUUCUAGAGAUGAGCUCCAAGACUACAUCAAGAAGGGACUAUGCUUCAAAUGUGGUGACAAGUGGAGCCGGGGCCAUCAAUGCAAAACCGGUCAAGCUUUCCUUCUAGAUGUGGGCUCCGAGGAGGAGGAGGCUACCUCGGAGGCUUCGGAGGAAGAAGAUGAGGAGGAGCAAGACCAUGGGGCUGAUUUUAGCCCGAGAGAAGAAGAGGCCGAGCUAUCCUUGCAUGCCAUGUCCGGAGUGCAAAGACCGUCCACCAUGCGUUUGAUGGCAUGGGUGGGCAAACAUGAGGUAUCUCUCUUGGUAGAUAGCGGUUCAUCCCAUAAUUUUAUCAACUCCGGAAUAGUGAAGAAGGUUGGAUUGAAAGGGGCGACCGUGGAGCCCUUUGAAGUAAAGGUCGCUAGUGGGGAGAAGCUCAAAUGUCAAGAGGUGGUAAGGGAUGUUCGCAUGAAUAUCCAAGGAGUAAGGGUCAAGGCCGACCUACAUGUUCUUCAACUAGUCGGCUUGGACGUGGUGUUGGGCAAUGCUUGGCUCAAAGGCUUGGGGAAGGUGCUAACCGACUAUAGCACCAUGACUAUGGAGUUCAAGCUUGGAGGCCAAAAGAAGAAGUGGACCGCCAUGAGCAACAAAGAGGUGCGGUCUUGCGAAGCCAACAUGAUAGAGAAGCUAUGCAAAGGAGGAGCUUCUUGCUAUGCCAUUGUGGUGACCGGCCAACACCAAGAAGAAGACAAGAAAGAAGAUGAGUUGGAGGGCAUCCCUCCAAAGAUCCGAAGCUUAUUGGAGGCUCACCAUGAUGUUAUGAAGGUACCCACAUCUCUCCCACCUCCAAGAAGCUUUGAUCACCCUAUAAGAUUGAAGAAUGAAGCUACACCGGUGAACGUUCCACCCUACCGGUAUGCUCAUUUUCAAAAAGAGGAGAUAGAGAGACAAGUGGAGGAGAUGUUGAAGCAAGGAUUGAUCCGCCAUAGCACAAGUCCCUUCUCAUCUCCGGUUCUACUUGUGAAGAAGAAAGAUGGCACAUGGAGAUUUUGCACCGACUACCGGGCCUUGAAUGAAGCAACUAUCAAGGAUCGAUUCCCCAUUCCCACGGUGGAUGAGAUGCUUGAUGAACUACAUGGUGCAACGGUCUUCACCAAACUUGAUUUAAGGGCGGGGUACCACCAAAUUCGAAUGAAGGAGGAAGACAUUCACAAGACGGCAUUCCGGACACAUUCGGGCCACUACGAAUAUCUUGUCAUGCCAUUUGGCCUUUGCAAUGCUCCUUCCACAUUUCAAGCUACAAUGAAUGAGGUAUUCCGGCCUUACUUGAGGAAGUUCAUGCUAGUAUUUUUUGAUGAUAUCUUGGUCUACUCCCACUCUAUGGAAGAGCAUGUCAAACAUUUGGAGGUUGUGUUAUCCAUCUUGGAGAAGCACCACUUCUACAUCAAGCCUUCCAAAUGUGCCUUUGCCCAAAAGGAGUUAGAAUAUUUAGGGCACAUCAUAUCGGGAGAAGGUGUGAAGGUGGACCAAAGGAAGAUUGAGGCUAUGGUGGAUUGGCCUCUACCCAAGAACAUCUCGGCUCUUAGAGGGUUCUUGGGAUUGACCGGGUACUAUCGGAGGUUUGUGAAGAACUAUGGGUUGAUUGCUAGACCUCUAACUUCCAUGUUGAAGAAGGGAGAAUUUGAAUGGACUCCGGAGUCGAGAGAAGCAUUUGACAACUUGAAGAGGGCCAUGACUCAAACACCGGUCCUAGCACUUCCGGACUUCUCUAUUCCAUUUGAAGUCUACACCGAUGCAAGUGGAGAUGGCAUCGGAGCGGUCCUUGUGCAACAAAAGAGGCCCCUAGCCUUCCUCUCCAAAGCCUUGGGCCCCAUGAAGAAGGCGUGGGGAACAUAUGCAAGGGAGCUACUAGCAUUGGUGCAUGCCGUCAAGGUAUGGAGGCCCUAUUUGCUUGGGAAGAAGUUCACUAUUAUCACCGAUCAACAAGCAUUAAGGCAUCUUUUGGAGCAAAAAAUUGUGACCCCGGAUCAACAAAAAUUCUUAGUCAAACUACUUGGCUUUGAAUAUGACAUUGUAUACCAACCGGGGAAGGAGAACAAGGUGGCGGAUGCACUAUCAAGGAAAGAAGGAAGCCCAAUGCUUUGGGCGGCCGAAGGAGAAGAGCCUACUUCCAUGGCUCUUAGUGGGAUCGAAUGGAGGAUUUGGGACCAAAUCCGGGAGGCAAACAAGCUUGAUGCUCGAGCCUUGGAAAUCAAAGAAAAGAUUGAAGCUUCAACCGAGGGGGUGGCCAACUACAAGCUCAAGGAAGGACUCAUCAUCUACAAAGGGUAUGUCUAUGUACCUAAUGUCCCUAAUUUGAGAAGAAACAUCCUUGAUCAUUUUCACAAUAGUAAGGAGGGUGGACACUCGGGUUGGUUUCGCACUUAUAUCCGAGUUAAGCACUUCUUCUAUUGGGAGGGACUUAAAGCCGAAGUCAAGGCAUUGGUGGCCGGAUGUGAAAUUUGCCAAAAGAUCAAGUAUGAUCCAAGGGCACCAAUGGGUCUUCUUCAACCACUCCCUAUUCCAAGUAUGAUUUGGGAAGACAUCUCUAUGGAUUUUGUUGAAGGAUUGCCUACUAGCAAAGGGUAUGAAGUCAUCAUAGUGGUAGUGGACCGACUAAGCAAAUAUGCUCAUUUCAUCCCCAUCAAACACCCCUACACGGCCAAGUCGGUGGCUACAUCAUUUGUGGAGUCGGUAAUCAAGUUGCAUGGUGUCCCAAAGAGCAUAGUAUCCGAUCGGGAUAGGGUAUUUAUGAGCACAUUUUGGAAAGAAUUAUUCACACUUCAAGGGAGCAUAUUGAAGACAAGCUCAUCCUAUCAUCCUCAAACGGAUGGGCAAACGGAGGUAACCAACCGGACCCUUGAACAAUAUUUAAGAUGUUUUUGCCACAACCAACAAUCCAAAUGGGGAGAGUUCAUUGUUUGGGCCGAAUAUUGGUACAACACUACCUUUCAUGCAUCUAUCAAAACUAGCCCAUUUGAGUUAGUUUAUGGGAGACCACCUCCGGGUUUGCACCGACAUGAGAGGGGGACGGCCAAGAAUGAAGAAGUAGAACAAACAUUGGCCGGAAGAGAUGAAGCUCUAACCAAUGCAAGAAGGGAGCUCAAGAAGGCCCAAGAAAGAAUGAAGAGGUAUUAUGACAAAAACCGAAGAGAGGUAACCUUCAAUCCCGGAGAUUUUGUUUAUUUAAAGUUACAACCUUACACUCAAAAAUCUCUCAAGAAGAAUUUUAGCCACAAACUCUCUCAAAGGUUUUAUGGGCCAUUCAAAGUAGUGGAAAGAAUGGGAGAAGUAGCAUACCGGUUGGACUUGCCCACUACUUCAUUGCUACAUCCGGUCUUUCAUGUGUCGCUACUCAAGAAAGCGGUGGGUGACCCUUCAUUGAUAGAAAAAGACUUACCCACCUAUGAUCAUGAUGGAAGAUUAUUACUCCAACCCAAGGAAGCCAUUAAAUACCGCAUUUGGAGGAAAGGGAGAGAACGAAGAAAAGAAUGGCAAGUCUUAAUCUCAUGGGAAGGUAUGCCAAAAGAAGGGGCCACUUGGGAGAAUUAUGAAGAAAUAACCCGGCGAUACCCACAUUUUAUCCUUGAGGACAAGGAUAUUCUUCAAGGGAGGGAGAAUGUUGAAGACCCUCGCAAGCGCCACCGUCGGGGCCUUCAACCAAGGGGAAAUACCGGCCCGGAGGAGGACCACGAAAGGACAUGCCAAGGUAUGAGUUUACUAUUUUGCUUGGAAAGCAUUGGCCGAAGCCCAUUUACGCUUGGCCAAGCCUUGGCCAAGCCCCUCCAUGCUUGGCCUAGCCUUGGCCAAGCUCUUCUCCACUCGGCCAAGCUCACCCAUGACCGUGCCCAACCAAGGCCGCGCCCGUGCCCACGCUCGAGCGCGCCCAAGACAUGCCCAAGCAUGCCUCAGCCCACUGCUGGGCGCGCCCAGGCCAUGGCUGGGCGAGCCCAGGCCACAGCCACACUCAGGCCACGGCUGGGCACGCCCAGGACACAGGCCGCGCGCCCAGCCGCCCGCCCGCGCGCCCAGGCGCGCGCCUGCACGCCCAGGCGAGGUUCGGGCCAGCGAACCUCGCCGCUGACCGCAGGGCCCGCGCGCCCGCCCGCCGCGGCCCGCCCGCGCCAGGCCGCGCGCCGCCGCGCGCCAGGCCGCGCGCCCGCCCGCGCGCCCGCCCGCGCGCCCGGCCGCGCGCCCGCCAGCAUGCCCGGGCGAG